GAGGCAGGAACCCGAAGGCAAGCAGGGGCUGGGUGGGGACCAUGGCUGGGAUCACCACCAUCGAGGCGGUGAAGCGCAAGAUCCAGGUUCUGCAGCAGCAGGCCGAUGAUGCAGAGGAGAGGGCCGAGCGCCUCCAGCGGGAAGUGGAGGGAGAAAGGCGGGCCCGGGAACAGGCUGAGGCUGAGGUGGCCUCCUUGAACCGUAGGAUCCAGCUGGUUGAAGAGGAGCUGGACCGCGCUCAAGAGCGCCUGGCCACUGCCCUGCAAAAGCUGGAGGAAGCUGAGAAAGCUGCUGAUGAGAAAAGGUACUCUCAAAAAGAAGACAAAUAUGAGGAAGAGAUAAAGAGUCUUACUGAUAAACUCAAGGAGGCAGAGACCCGUGCUGAGUUUGCUGAGAGAUCGGUAGCCAAGCUGGAAAAGACAAUUGAUGAUUUGGAAGAUAAACUGAAACGCACCAAAGAGGAGCACCUCUGUACACAAAGGAUGCUGGACCAGACUCUGCUUGACCUGAAUGAGAUGUAGAGCACACCCCAGUCC